AUGUCUUCUAAUGUAGGACUUUCUACGCCAAGAGGAUCAGGAACCUCCGGCUAUGUUCAGAAAAACUCGGCACAUCUUAGGCCCCGCGACAACGUACAACCAUACCCCACCAAGGACACGGACAUCACCAGACAUCGACAAAGACAACCCGACAAGGAGAUCUUGGAGCAUGAACGCAAGCGCGAGAUUGAGGUCAAAGUUUUUGAGCUGAGGGACAAAUUAGAAGAAGAAGGUGUCGACGAGGAUGAGAUCGACGAUCAGUGCGAUGCUCUGCGCAAGAAGCUUGACGCCGAACAAACGCAUUCGACUAAAGCUUCGACAGCACGAGGCUUGAAGUCACACCAGGUUCAUGACAUUGCGAAAGCCAAGAUCGAGGAAAGUGAGCGGUUGCGAAAGGCCUUCGGAAUUAGCAAGGACUAUGAGGAAGGCAGCCACUGGCGAAGACAGGAGGAGAGAAAGAUGGAACUAGAGCGCGAGCGUGCAAACGGGGAGAUAGGACGAGACAGAGACUGA